AGAGGUAGGAAAAUUUUAAUUUUUUUGUGCUAUAGUAAAUAAUUACCAUUUUUAUAUCCACAUUUUGCCCUGUCAUUGGAGGUUUGUAAAUUUUGGCACUGUGGGAAGGUGAUUUGAAUACGGAAAAUGUCCUUAAUACCUAGACAGAUGGAUUUUGACGCCACUUGGGGCGCUAUAAGGGAGACGAUACAGGGCGUAAUAACUUUGGAUCAAGUCUCCAGGAUCGCCUGGUACGACAGAUUUUCGGACAUCUAUUUGCUAUGCUACUCCUAUCCAAAAUCCAUGAUGGACCGCCUUUACGGCGAAACGAAGCAGUUCCUCAUCGAUCACGUCGCCAUAUUGCUUAACAAAGUCCAGGAGGACGGGGAGCACAAAUUGGUGAAGAAUUACUUCUUGUAUUGGUCUCAGUACUCUGUCAGCAGCCAAUACCUGAACAUCCUUUACCUGCACCUGAACGAACAACUCCUCCGAAAGAAACGUGCAUCCUAUGGCUUUUCCAAUGCAUCCACUGAGGAGCAGAUGGUGAUCGGCAAGCUGGCGUUGGAGGUGUGGCAGUCGGAGAUGAUAGCUCCGCUCGGCCAGAGGCUGGUUAAACUGCUCCUGGGGACUAUCGAACAAGACAGGGCGCAGCAACCCCUCAGCAUCCCCAUCGAUGCCGUACGGGGUACCAUUCUCAGUUUUGUCGAGGUCCAGGGUUACAGGGAAACAGACCAACUGCAGCUCUACCAAGAGUUGUUCGAGGAACCCUUCCUCAACGCCAGCGGGGAAAAUUACAAGCGGGACGCGACGCGGCUUUUGCAGGAGAAAGACGUCAGUUUGUACAUGAAGGGAGUGAAGGCGAAAAUCGAGGAGGAACUGUUUAGGGCACGCAAAUUUCUACACUCCAGCUCGUUGCAUAAGGUAUCUGACAGGUGCGAGACGCACAUGGUGGCGGAACACCUGCAGUUCAUUUACAGUGAAUGCACGAACAUGGUGAAGGGCGAGAGGAAAGAGGACCUCUCUAACAUGUACGUUCUGAUUCAGAACGUUCAGGACGCCAUGGUCGUGCUCGUCGACAACAUGUUCGAGCACAUCAAGACACAGGGCUUUAUGGCCAUCGGCGACCUUCAGGGCGAGAACAUCCACAACCUGCUGACGGUCUUCAAGAAGUACAAGCGCCUCAUCCAGGAGGUGUUCAAGUCCGACCAGAAAUUCAUGGAGGCGUUGGAUAAGGCGUGCAGCUUUGUCGUCAACCACAGGCCCAACCAGGGCAAGUCGCCGUGUCGGAUGCCCGAGCUGCUCGCCAAAUACUGCGAUACGCUGCUGAGGACGUCCAGCAAGGGGAUCAGCGAAUCGGAGGUGGACGAAAAGCUGGCGGACAGCAUCACGAUCUUCGAGUACAUCGACGACAAGGACGUUUUCCAGAAGUUCUACUCGCGCAUGCUGGCGAAACGCCUUAUCCACCAGCAGACGCAGAGCAUGGAUGCCGAAGAGGCGAUGAUCAACAGACUGAAACAGGCGGGCGGCUGUGUGUUUGCGAGCAAACUACACAAGAUGUUCACGGACGUAUCGGUCAGCUCGGACCUGAACGACAAGUUCGGCGUCUUCCUCAAGCAGGACAACGUCGAUCUCGGCAUCAACUUCAGCGUAUACGUCCUGCAGGCCAGUGCUUGGCCGCUGGAUCAGGUGAUGGUCACGCCGUUCGCCCUACCCCAGCAGCUGGUGAAGAGCGUCCAGAUGUUCGAGAAGUUCUACCACAACCGGUUCAAUGGGCGCAAGCUGAUGUGGCUCCACCACUUCAGUCAGGCGGAGCUGAAGUUUUGUUACCUGGAGAAACCGUACGUCGUGACGGUGCAGGCCUUUCAGAUGGCCAUCCUGCUGCUGUUCGAGAACAGCGACUCGCUGACCAGCAAGGAGAUCAGGGAGACGCUCCAGCUCAACUCGCAGCAGUUCCAGGAACACGCCAUCAAUCUCAUCGACUCCAAGCUGCUCCUGGCCGACAGUGAGGAAUUGACGCCGGAGACGACGCUGAGGCUUAACACGGACUACUCGAACAAGCGCAUCAGGUUCAGGAUCACGGCGACCGUGCCCCUCGAGACGGAGCAGAUGAUGAACUCGGUGAAGGAGGACAGGAAGAUAUACUUGCAGGCUGCCAUAGUGAGGAUAAUGAAGUCGCGGAAGGUGCUCAAGCACGACCUGUUGAUACAGGAGGUAUACGCCCAGUCGAAGGUAUCGUUCGCGCCGAGUGUAGAGUUAAUAAAGAAAUGUAUCGAAUCGUUGAUCGACGAAGAGUACAUAGAAAGAACUCCUCAUUCCAGCGAAGAGUAUAGUUAUAUAGCUUAAUGCCGUUCAGUACUAAUCCGAAACGAGUGUGACAUCUGAAGAAAAUUGACACCAUUUUAAGAACGGUUUCAUUUGCCAUCGUUUUGAGUAUUUCAGGACAUUUAGUUUUAUAUACCCCUGGGAGUUUUUAACGUUACAUUUCCUCUAUUUUCAAUAAACUGCAGAACCAACAACGACUUUUGUAAAGCAAAUAUUGGUGAUGCAAAAUGAGUUUGACUCAGA